CAGGCCCCGACCUUCUUUCUAAUUGGGAUGCUUCUGGCUGGAGUCCGGUGACGACCCGCGCUCUUCCUCAGUCGAUACCUGCUAUGCAUGACUUCGAGAUUGGACCAGGUGCGUGCCGUCGCUCUUACUGAGUGCAGGGCAGGGGGGAAAAAAAGAAAGAAAAAAAACCGUGCGGGACUGAUACGAUUGCAAUUAGACCUUUUCCAGAUUUCCGACUUUUCCCAACUCGUCCCAUCCGCCGUUCCAAACCCAUCGCCCUCCAUACCGCUGCCAGCUGCUACUCCCAGCCCAGCGCACAGUUCUCUGACCGUCAAUACACUAAGUUUGGCGGCCGCACCGGCGUCCGAGAUACAGUCUACGUCAACGUCGCGACAACGCGAACGGGACAAAGACGAUCCAGAUGUUGUUUUUAGACGGAAACGCAACACGAUUGCGGCUCGUAAGUACCGGCAGAAAAAAGUCGACCGGAUCGAGGAGCUGGAGAAGGCGCUGGAGGAGACGAUCAAGGAAAGGGACGAACUGAAGUUGCGAUUGGCGAGACAGGAGGCCGAAACGGAGGCGCUGAAGGCUGUGAUGCGGUUGGGCAAAGGGGGUUGAGAAGAAAAGAAACCUGGCAUGUAGGAACUUGUUAGCUUUUUGCAAUUCGUUUCUUUAUAUCUCGUGAAAAUGCGUCUGGGUGACGGCUAACGUUCAGACGAUGUCGGCUAAUAUGUGUCUUCAGGUAACUGAGGGUGUAUUUCUCAGAGGUUUGAUUGUUCACUUGGACUCAGCUCCGGGUUCAUAAUCACUUCUGCCCUUUAUGCAUUGCGUUGUUUAGUGAGGGCUAGGGGCUCGUACCGUUCUUUCUUUGGCGUGAGGACUCCAAACUGACUGGCGCAUGCUUUACAAGAUAGGAGUCGAAGAACUUGCCUCCGAGCAGGAUGGCAUCGCACUCCCUCUCUUUAUGUUUUACAAGAUUGCUUCUGCCAUAUUUAUAACAAUCUCCCACUCUAGGAGUAUUCAUCCAUUCCAUCUUCGUCACGGCAGCGACGGCACAUCUCUGAGGAAGGGACUA